GACUAAUAAGUAUUAGCCUAAUAUAAUGAACAACAUAACUACGAUGAUUGUAAUUGUUUUUUAUUGAUGUUCUUCAAAGCAUGCCCCUGCUAUUGUCAUAGUAUGCUAAAUGAGUUUUGUGCAUGUAUAUUAUAAAUAUGGUGUAUUCUGGUACAUGUCGAACAAAUAAAAACAAUACAACGCACUGGUCUGAAAUCUAACUCCUAAACAUUUUAGAUUUAUUUGGUCAUCACAUGCAUAUUUCUCUCUACUGACCGAUUUAUACUGAUGUACCAUCUUUGCGUCUGACAUUGAAUAUUCAGGUACGGCUGUGUAUGAUUUGUUGUAAGAGUUGGUGUAGAUAUUGCCUAAUCUGAUGUAGAUACAAUGAUAAAGGUCAGACAUGUUGACACGUGUGAAAUGCUUGGAUGUUGGCCUAUGUCCCGCACUGUUUGCGACAGAGUUAUCUAUCAGUACAUAUUUUAAGCACAGCAAUAAUCAAAUGUGGAUGAACGAAGUUCCAAGUUUACUAGCAGACACAAGCACCAGCUCUGUCUUGGGUACAAACAUGAAUACAUUUGAAUACAUUUGUUUAUUCAAUGUAAUAUGUCCAUCUUGGUGAUUAUUUUAAUAGGCUAAAGUGUAGGCAAACUGAUUCCACGUUGGAGGACUAGCGGUGCCAACAGUUUGAGCAGAUGGUGAUGCGCUUCUUUAAGCGCAACCCAGUACGUCAUCAGCUUGCUCUCUCAAUUACCGGCACUUGAUUCAGAUUCAUUAACACACAUUAAAAAAAUUAAUCUACAACGUGAAACCAAACACACAAUGUGGAGUGUGAGAGCAAUUUUAUUGCAUUUUCAUGUCGGACUUCCUCGACCCACACAUAGCAAUUUAUUUCGUGACUCAUUCUGGUCCCCCGUCACACAAAUAUACUGUUCGCGCAUGUGCAUCAUGUCAUAUAAAUAUAGCCAAACGGGGCUCGCGCUCCAACGACAGCCCAAGAAAGGUGCGACUGCGCGCGCUUAAUUGCGGACGAACCGUGAAAAUAUUUGAUACCCUCACUGAGAAUUUCCCUCAAUGAAGCUGCACGUGCUGCUCGUGUCUGUCGGUGUUUUCCUCUCGCGCUCCGAGUCCGCUCCUUGGCACGCGUUCACGCAACUGCCGGUUCUGAUGCGCUUAGGAGAGGAAUAUUUCGUCAGGUUGGACAACGGCGUGCCCGACCUGAGAUCACCGCUACGCACCGAGGCGCUUCAGCUGCAGCUUACGCAGAGGCUGUUAGGAGGUAUGGUCGGUAGUGUCGUUAACAGGAUUCCGAACAGCCUAGGGGAGCGCGAUCGCCGGUCCGAGCAUCCGCCCAUCUCGUUGGAUCUGACUUUCCACCUGUUGCGCGAGGUGCUGCAGAUGGCACGAGCCGAACAACUUGCCCUGCGGGCUAGCAACAACCGCAAAAUGAUGGACUUUUUCGGGAAAUAACACAUAUAAGUAUUAUUAUCUACGGUGACCGGGAGGGGACAUGUUCGUUUCACUUAGUUUUGUCGUGGCCACGAUAUAUUACCUCGUGGGAACGUGAUAUGUUGUGGCCACGAGAUGUUACCUCGUGGGAACGCGAUAUGUUGUGGCAACGAGAUCAGCUUGUUGAGGGAACGACAUCCUUUCUCGUGGCCACGACUUUGUAUGUAUUUCUACAUUUUGUUUUGAACUAUACCAUAUGAAAUGACUUUUUCCAUUUGAGUACUCAGAAAGGUGCUAUAUAAAUGUAACAUUUAUACGCAUUUAAGUCGUUUCACAAGAUAAGGAUGUCGUUCCCUCAACAUACUAAGUCAUGGCCACAAGAUAAGAAAGUCGUUCCUUCAACAUACGAAGUCAUGGCCACGAGAUAAGGAUGUCGUUCCCUCAAAAUACAAAGUCGUGGCCAUGAGAAAGGAUGUUGUUCCCUCAACUUAGGAUCUUGAGGGAACGACUUCACAUCACGUGGCCACAACAUAAGGAUGUCGUUACCUCAAUAAGAUGAUCUCGUUGCCACAACAUAAUAUUGCGUUCCCACAAGAUAAUAUCUUGUGGCCACAACAUAUUAUCAUGU